ACACCAGACCAGGCAGCCUGUAACUACCAAGAUGUGUCAUCAGAGGCUGACCAUCUCCUGGUUCGCUGUGGUUCUGCUGGCAUCUCCACUCAUGGCCAUAUGGGAGCUGGAGAAGGGUGUUUAUGUUGUAGAGGUGGACUGGUCCCCUGGUGCCCCUGGAGAGAGGGUGGUCCUCACCUGUGACACUCCUGAAGAAGAAGACAUCAUCUGGACCUUCGAAAAGAGCGGCAAAAUCAUGGGCUCUGGGAAAACCCUGACCAUCCUAGUCAAAGAGUUUUUAGAAGCUGGCCAGUACACCUGCCACAAAGGAGGCAAGACUCUGAGCCACUCACACCUGCUGCUUCACAAGAAGGAAAAUGGAAUCUGGUCCACUGAUAUCUUAAAGGACCAGAAAGAUCCCAAAAAUAAGACCUUCCUGAAAUGCGAGGCACCAAAUUACUCCGGACGGUUCACGUGCUGGUGGCUGACACCGAUCAGCUCUAACCUGAAGUUCAACGUCAAGAGCAGUAGUAGCUCCUCUGAUUCCCGAGCAGUAACAUGUGGAGCAGCAUCUCUGUCUUCAGAGAGGGUCACAGGGAACCAAAGGGAUAAGAAGUACACGGUUGCAUGCCAGGAGGAUGUCACCUGCCCGACUGCCGAGGAGACCUUGCCCAUUGAGCUGGUGAUGGAGGCGCAGCACAAGGAUAAAUAUGAAAACUACAGCACCAGCUUCUUCAUCAGGGACAUCAUCAAACCGGACCCGCCCAAGAACCUGCAGUUGAAGCCGCUGAGCAACUCUGAGGUGGAGGUGUCCUGGGAGUAUCCUGACUCCUGGAGCACUCCCCACUCCUAUUUCUCCCUCAAGUUCCAAGUCCAGCGCUAUCACAGGGGAGAAAGGAUAAAUGUCCCCAUAACUGUAGACGAGACCUCUACCAAAGUCACAUGCCACAAAGGUAUAGAGGUCCUCGUGCGAGCUCAGGAUCGCUACUAUAAUUCAUCGUGGAGCGAAUGGACAUCUGUGAGCUGCAGUUAG